UCUUGACCUGCAUUACAGAGGAAGGUGACAUGCGAUGUAUUUUGAAGUACUGGCAGACUGAAUUAAACAUAUGGAAGUUUCAGUUCGACGUAGGAUCCGAGGAGUAGAAAGACGUGUCUGUGAAGUCGACGCUGCAACGUUGUCAUGGUAACGAGGACGCUGUUGUUGUGUAUACUGACCAUACUUCCUGUACUUCCGGGUACAUGCGACCAAGAGAAGGCAGCAGAUGUCGUCAUGGCUGUAUCUCCAGGACGUUUUUCAGAUGGUGCCCACUAUUUCGUGGCCGGAACGGAAGUAAAUAUCACUUGCACUGUGGAGUUACCAGAUAGAACUUCUUCUGAUCUCAGAAUCUCCCCCGACAACUACGAGAUAACCAUUUUGAACAGCACCAGCAUAUUCUGUGUCAUACCACACAUUAAUGAAACAAUGAACUUUGCUUGUUGUGUUGACCAUUGUCUUGAUUCGACUGAGUCCAGCUUUGCAAGUGGUGGCAGUGUUCAGUCCACCAUCAACAUGGAAGUUGGAGAUCUUCCUACGUACGAAAACCUCUCCUGCCAAGUCUUUGUUGACGAACAUCUAGUUUGCACGUGGUAUGCCUACGGACCAGGCAACUGGACAUUCCAGUACGGCAUUAUUGACAACACCCCCAAGAAGGAUGCUAGUCGGUGUCAGAACGUGAUGUGCCUGGGUUCCUGUGAGAUCAACGCUGACGGGCAGUACAGAUGCAGCGACACUGGCAAUUUUGUCUCGUUUCCGUACAGCAUCGUUCUGACCGGCCAGAACGACUAUGGAGUGAGCGAGUACAAUAUGUCAAGCAGUAUUUUCGGGGUCACAUACAGAAGAAUGACUAAUGUCAGUGUCGAGGGAGUGGGACCAACAUGGAUGGAAGUUGUCUGGCAGCAGCCCCGCGGUCAAGCGGGAGUGAAGGGCAUCUACAAACCUUUAUACAAUGUCAGGGUCACCGGAAGAGGAAACGUUUCCAUGAUUAAAACAACCAACGAGACACAUAUCCGUUUGUCAAUGCUACAACCGUACACAAAGUACACUAUCUGGCUUGAAGCGAAACCUAUGGGUGUCCUCCAGGGCCUUGCCAAUGGAGUAUGGAGCAGAUGUGUCGCCCUCCAACAACGCACAACGGAAGCCAAACCAAGUCACCCUCCCUUGGUGACCGCUGCAGGCUACAGUUGGUCAAGUGACUUACCAAAGCUCACCGUAUAUUGGAAGGCAAUUCCACGUGAAAACAGGAAUGGCGAGAUUGUCGGGUACAGAGUCCGUAUUGACACAAAGACAACAGACGUUCCUGGUAACGUCAACUCCAAAACCUGGGAUAACAUCGACGUUGAUGUUGGCCACGUGGUCACUGUGGCAGGGGGAACCAGGGCGAAUUUCUCCGACCCUGCUCAGAUGGUGAUACACCAGGCGAACAAAGACUUGCCUAGAGUUGACUAUGUGGUAGCAGAGAAAAUAUCUCCUGUCUGGUACACAGUCACAUGGAUGACGUCACAGAAAUAUGUCGACCACGUAACUGUCACGUGGUGUAGAGGCACCAACACUUUAUCCGUGAAUAACUUUCGUUGGACCACACUUUCCAACACAUCCACACAGGUCACAUUAAACGCCCAAGGUCACGCAGGCGGUGACAUCUGGUUUGGCGUGUCCUUGACAUUCAGGAACCUCACCUAUGGCAUUACGUGGAACAAGUGCAUAUUCGACAUAGACGAAGAAAACCAUGCCCCGAAGCCUGACGUUACGGCGACAGCACGUGCAGUUCAUGUCCAAUGGGGGCCCAUCUUCUGUGACAGGACAGUGAUGAAGAGUCGACCGUUGUUCUAUGUGGUGGUAUACACUUUAAAGUCACCAAACAAGCCAUGUGUUUGCGAUCACGGACCAAAUGUAACAAUACCCGCACUCUUCAACACUUCCGGUAUUGUAAUUGACAACCUAAAAUCCGCAGAGAGCUAUUGCAUCUGCGUGCGCAUCAGUACAAAGCGGGGACUCGGACCUCCAAGUUCUCCAGUCAUAACUCGACUCCAGAAUCGAGAAGAAAAUAUAUUCAGUACUAAGAUAAAGGUUCUGGUAGGAAUGUCCAUCAGUCUCAUCCUGGUGUUCAUCAUCUUGGUGGUCAGAUUUCUGUGUCGGAGGUAUAAACGGGCGUCAUACCCGAUCGAUUCAUCCUUGUGGAAGGACCUUGGUCAAAACACUGAUGGUAAAAUUACAGAAGACGCUGGUGGUGAGAUGGAAAAUAACACUGGUGGUGAGAUGGAAAAUAACACUGAUGGUGAGGUCGGAAAAAACGGAGUAAGUUUGCAGGAUCCGCUGGGAUCCAUGCAACAGUCAAGAAGCUCACCCCUGUGUCAUGGUGCCCCACCCCCACCCACUGCAGGGGUAGGUGGAACCCAACAACCCCAAAACAUGAAGAGGAAUUGGGACCAACGUGUGUCAGUAUUCCUGUGAGUAAAUACCGUUCUUCCACAGAACGGGAGACGGAAAUCACUAACAAGCCAGGGAGGAGAAGAAUUAUUAAGUGAUCGAGAUAAUAUAUGUGAAUCUUUUCUUCGCGUGACAAAUGCGGGGUACGUUCUUUCCUUCAACCAUUAUGUGGGCAGACCAGGGAGUGGUCUCAAACCACCAUCUUCCUCAGUGACAGACCUGGAGCAAAACCAACCAUCAGGUCCCAAUCCAGGCCAGGCAUCUAUUCCUUCAACGGGAGAUGAUGGGUGCUGCACUGGGGAUGUUGUUAAAUAUUCAAGCAAAACAGACUAUGUGUUGUUGUCAUGAGGGCUGAACAACAAACUACUGUUGAACAAAAAAAAAAUGUUCAACAACAAAAAACUAGUACAACGGAUUCGGAAUAUCAUGUGAAACGCUGAUCCCUGAGUGAGUGAGUGAAUGGACGAUCCUGCCACGUCCCCAUUGCUGAUACUGUGUUUUUAACAAUGUAUACACGUCCUGUCUUUAAUCUCUAUAUUUCCAUCGAAGGCUCUAUGCAGCUAUAGACUUACAUCACAGGAUGUGGUUGAACUGAAUCCAGCCCAGUGUGCUCGAAAACGAUGGUCUUCAACGUCACCAACGCCUUCCACGUCUUACAUGACGGUAACGUCAAUGGAAGGAACCACUUAGGUGGUCACAUACGACCGCUAUAUGGCUGAAAUAAUACACUGCACAUGUGUGUGUGUGUGUGUGGUUUGUGUAAGUGAGUGUGUGUGACCGCCUCUGUGGUGUAGUGGUUAGAGCGUCCGCCCGGAGA